AUGCUGCUGCUGCAGCUAUCCGCGCUGCAGCCGAACUGCAGCAGGAGGGGCAGCAGCAGCAGCAGCAGGAGCAGCAGCAGACGCAUGAGCAGCAGCAGCAGCAACGGUAGUCGGCGGCCCUCCAUCGUUUUCCUUUUGGGAUUCCUUACCCUCCAUGCAACUUGCUACGUGUUGCGGCCUGCGCAGCAGCAGCAGCAGCAGCAGCAGCAGCAGCAGCAGAUUCUGACGAACAGAGUCCAGCAACAGCAGCAACAGCAGCAACAGCAGCAGCAGCAGCAGCAGCAGCAGAUUCGCGCAGCAGCGCUUUUAAGCGAAGCAACAGAAGCAGCAGAAGCAGCAGAAGCAGCAGCAGCAGCAGAAGCAGCAGAAGUAGCAGCAACUGCAGCAACAGCAGCAACAGCAGCAACAGCAGCAACGGAGAUAGCAACAGCAACAGCACCGGCAGCAGCAUCUGCUCCAGCAGCACCAGUAGCAGCAGACCAAGAAGCAGCAGCAGCAGCAGCACCAGAAGCAUCAGCAGCGUCAGCUCCAGCAGCAACAUCUCCAGCAGCAGCAGCACCAGCCGCAGGAGCAGCAGCAGCAGCAGCAGCAGCAGCAGAGGCAAGCAGCAGUAUCCUAUCUCUUCCCUCUCGUAUCCUUCAGUGUCAGGUGUACAUACACCCGAUCUUUCUUGCUGCUGAGAGAGCUGCUGCAGUGCCGCACUCUGCUGCUUCUGCUGCUGCUGCUCCUGGUAGUGGUGGUGGUGCAGCAGCAGCAGCAGCAGCAACAGCAGCAGCAGCAGACGAUUGUACGUCCUUUAUUUUGCUGCAGCUUGUUAGAGAAGCACUCAUAGAGGAGAGAGACAAAGCAGCAGCAGCAGCAGCAGCAGCAGCAGAUGCUGCUAGUGCUUCCUCAGCAGCAGCAGAAGAGCUGCAGGGAAGACAAUUAACAGCUCUUGCUGCUGCAGUGCAGCAGAUGCAGGUACCAGCAGCAGCAGACACAAAUGAGCUGCUGCUGCCUUGCUGCUGCAGCAGCUGUUCCUCGGCUCGCGACAAAGGAGUACCAGCAGCAGGUUCUUCAGGUGCAACAGCAGCUGCAGCAGCUGCAGCAGCAGCUGCAGCAGCAGCAGCUGCUGCUGCAGCACCAAAAGAAGCAGCAGGAAGAAAACGAGAGUCUCUAUUCAGCUGUUUCUCCAGCAGCAACUUUAGGCAGCGCAUGCAAUCCUUGUUAGCAGCAGAUUCCCCUCCAGGUGCAGCAGCAGCAGCAGCAGCAGCAGCAGUUGUACUGCUGGAGGCAGCAGACUUUUUACCGGAUACAGAGGAAGAUAGUGCAACACCAAGAACAAUUGCAACACCACCAACAGCAGCAGCAGCAACAGGAGGAGGAGGAGCUGCAACAGCAGCAGGAGGAGCAGCAGCACAAAAGCCCCGCUGCUUCUCUGCUGACCUUACUCGCUUCUGCAGCAAUUUCGUUAACGAGAAGCUGCUGCAACACAUGCAGCAGCAGCUGCUACAGCAGCAGCUGCUGCAGCAAGAACAGCAGCAGGUGCUGAGUCCAAGGGAGACAGCAGAGCUGCAGCAAGGUCUUGAUGGUUUGCUGCAGCAGCUGCUGCUGCAGGAACAAGAAUUACAAACACAGCGGCUACAGCAGCAGCAGCAGCAAAUGCUGCUGCUGCAGUCUAACUGCAGCAGCAGCAUUCAUGAGGGUGAGGAACUUGUAUCUCCUGCUCUUGCGCUGAUGGAAGGCUACCGCAGCAGCAGCAGCAGCAGCAGCAGCAUCACCACCACCACCACCACCAACAGCAGCAGCAGCAGCAGCAGCAGCAAGCAGCAGCAGCCAGUUAAUGCCUUCGGUCUCCUAUGGGACAUUGUUAGAUCUCCUCUAAUAAAAGAUGAGCAAAGAGACAUCUUAUUCUUCCAGCAGCUGCAGCGGCAGCAGCAGCUGCUGCUGCAGCAACAGCAGCAGCAACAGCAGCAGCAGCAGCAGCAGCAAGAACAAUUGCAACAACUACAGCAACUUCAGCAACUCCAGCAGUUGCAACAACUGCAGCAGCUGCAGCAACUGCAGCAGGUGCAGCAGCUGCAGCAGCUGCAGCAGCUGCUGCUGGACCCGACAGGGCGGACUCUCUCCCGUACUACCAACAACCGCAACAACCGCAGCAACCAGCGCAGCAGCAGCAGCAACAGCAGCAGCAGCAACAGCAACGAGCUUGGCCUAUCUUUAACUUUGCAGCAUGCAUGGGGUAGCUGCAGAUACACCGUAGAUGGCUUUGCUGCUGCCGCUGCUCCCUGCAGCGCAGCAGCAAUUGGUGCUUUGCUGCACUUAUCUCCUCCUUUGCUUCCUUGGCUACAGGAGAGUCUAACGAAUACAACUAUGAGCAGCAGCAGCAACAGCAGCAGCAGCAGCUGGCUGCUUGGGGCUCCCCCUUCUCUGCCUGCUGCAGCAGCAGCACUAUUAGAGUCCCUCUCUCCUCCUGCAUGCAGCUGCUCUUAUGCCUUGUGUCUGCCGAGUGCUGCGCUGCAGCAGCAGCUGCUGCUGCAGCGGCGCCUCGGCCUUCCGCAGCACGUGCUGCUGCAGCAGCGGUGGUUCCCGGUGUCUGUACACCGCAAAACAGUAGAGACAGCAGCAGCACAGCUGCUGCAGCGUUAUGGUUACCCAGAGCCACGAAGUCCUGCUGCUGCUGUUGCUGCUGUUGCUGCAUUUGUUGCUGCUGCUGCAGCAGCAUCAGCAGCAAAAACGCGGAGAAGAAUAGCUGCCUCCUCUGCAGCAUCCCCUGCGAAGACAGCACCAACAGAAGCAACAGCUGCUGCUGCUGCUGCACCAGCACUAGCAGCAGCAGCUGUUGCUGCAGCAGCAGCAAAGGAUACUUCGUGGAGGCUUGGUAAGUCUGCCGUCUUCUUGUCUUCUCGUGCUGCAACGCAGCUGGUGGAGGUGCAGCAGCUGCUGCAGCAGGAGGGGGAAGGGCCAUGGAUGGCAGCCGCAGCAGCAGCAGCAGCAGCAGCUGCUGCUGCUGCAGACAGGAAGCAGCAAAUCCGUGCUGCGCUGCGAUCGAGGGUUAUAUGCAUUGCUGCGUUAGAGAAGAUGCGCAAACGCAGCAGCAGAAGACGGCGAGCAGCAGCAAUUGCUGCUGCAGCUGCUGAGGAUGCUGCAGCAGCAGCAGCAGCACUAGAAGCAGCAGCAGCAGCAGCAGCAGCAGCAGAACCAGGAGCCAAUGAAGCUCCUGCAGCCAACGAGCUGCAGCAGCUGCAGCGGAUGCCGCAAUUGCGGCUCGUUGAACGACAUCCACACACCCAACGCGGCAGUGCUGCUGCUGCUGCUGCUGCUCCUGCUCCUGCUCCUGCUCCUGCUGCUCCUGCCAAGGAUCAUGAUAAGCAUGCUCCUGCUGCUGCUGGUAAAGACCGUGAUAAUGCUGUGGCCGCAGCAGCAGCAGCUGCUGCUGCUGCUGCACCUGCAAAGCCGGAGGAAAGCCAUCUGCCCGCGGCGCUGCACCUUCAUAAGCAGCCGCCUGGAAGUGCUGAUCCGCUGCAGCAGCAGCAGCAGCAACAGCAGCAGCAGCAGCAGCAGCAGCAAAAGAGUUCUCUGUUUCAAAGCAGCAGCAGAACUACAGCAGACGUCUCCCAAAAGGGGAGUACAGGCGAAGGAAGCUGCGGAGACACCGCAGCAGCAGCAGGAGCCGCAGCAGCAGCGGCACCAGCAGCAGCGGCACCAGCAGCAGCAGGCACAGCAGCAGCAGCAGGUGCAGCAGCAGCAUCAACGGUGGAGGGCAGUGUUGAUUCGCACGAUAAGCGACGAAGGAGACAGAGGAGACACCGUCCCCCACCAGCAGCACCUCCGCCACCUCCAGCAGCACCUGCUGCUGCUGCAGCAGCAGCAGCAGCAGCAACAACAAAUCGUCGGGUCCCUCCCCCUCCGCCUCCCUAUCCUCCACCUCCCGCCUAUCCACCGCCACCUCCUGUUCCUCCUCCCCCUCCAUUGAUGCAGCAGCUGCAGUGGCAGCAGCAGCUGCUGCUGCAGCAGCUGCAGCAGGUGCAGCACCCUCUGCAGCAGCAGCAUCACCAGCAUUCAACUUCCUUUCCCCAUCAUACAAGACAGCCCCUGCUGCUGCAGCCAACGCAGCAGCAGCAGAAACAGCAGCAGCAGCAACAGCAGCAGCAAAUCCGGGUUAGCAGUAGUCGUCAGCAGCGGCAUCGUGCCGCCUCUACCCUGCAGCAGCAGCAGCAACAGCAGCAACAGCCGCAGCAGCAGGAAGAGCAACGGUUGCUUCAAGAGCAGCAGCAACUGCAGCUGCAGCUGCAGCAGCAGCAGCAGCAGCAGCAGCAGCGCCUCCCGUUGUAUGCCUCACAAGGGAAUAUGCAGAUGAUGAAUGGGCCUCCUCCUCCCCCACCUCCUCCGCAGCAGCUGCCGCUGCACCAGCAGCAGCUGCUGCUGCUGCAGCAGCAGCAUCGGUUGCAGCAGCAGCAACUGCUGCUGCUGCAGCAACAGCAGCAGCAGCAGCAGGCAGAAGGGGUCCGUAUGUAUCAUCUGGCUUGUCAAAGGAAGGGCAAUGCAAUAAUAAACAACAGCAACUGCAGCAGCAGCAACAGCAGCAGCAGCAGCAGCAGCAGCAGCAGAAGCAUGCCUCCUCCUCCUCCUCCUGCCCAAGGAGGGCAUUGGGUAUUCAGAGAUGGAGUUUGGGGAUUAAUUAACCAAUAA